CUUACAAAAAAUUUUAAAGAGACGGAGAGCAAGAGAGGGAGAGAGAGUCGCAAGUCGUAAACUCGCGUCACCAACCGCUUCGCAUUUUAAACUGCCUCCUCUCCCCUGUAUAUAUUUAGUUGAUUUUUAAAAAAAAAAAAAAAAAAAUUCAAUUUCAAUUAUCAAAAACAAAAGGAAUUCAAUUCUGGAAUUUGGAGAUUUUUGGUUUUGGACUCCUCUCCGCGCUUACUCCUUCCCUCUAUUUCUUUGUUUUUUCUCCACCGAACUUAUCGCUAUAAAAUUCAAUUUGUUUCUCUACACAUCGUCCGGCUCUCUUGAACCUGUGAUCUUGUACCGAAUCAAUAGUCACUUCCAUUUCACGCCAUUUCUCUGUAACCGUCUCCUUUGCUUUCUUCUCAGGUAUCAGUUUCUCUGUUUUCUCCCAAAGGAAAAAAAAUGAGAGAAAUUCUCUCUAUUCUCGGCUCCGAUCUGCUUCUCUGUUCGUUCUGAAUCUCCCUCUCAUAUGCCUUAUCUUUGUUGUAUUUCCGCCGUCUCCAACCAUUCCUCUGCCAAGUCCUUGCCUAUGGCAAUCACAUCUAGAUCCGACCAGAAUAUUCGAUCCAUAUCUGUCCCCCGCAACCACCACUCUCGUUUUCUGAAAAAUCUUAGCCACCACCACAACGGCACCGAUGGUAAUGAGAGUAAUCUCAUCAGCGUCAGUAAUCGACCUAGCCAACGAGGCUUGGCGGCUACUUUGGCACUUCAUACUUUGUCGCUUCCUCGAGAGCAGCAGGUUGAUGUGAGGAUAAAUGAUAUAGUUGGGAAUGGAAUAUCGGGCAUUCUACAUAAGUGGGUGAAUUAUGGAAAAGGAUGGAGGCCUAGAUGGUUUGUUUUGCAGGAUGGUGUAUUAUCGUAUUAUAAGAUUCAUGGAGCUAAUAAGAUCGUCGUUAAUCGAGAGACGGAAAAAGGAUCGAAGGUCAUCGGGGAAGAAUCUUUGAAAAGGAUUUCGAGGCCUACGAACGGUAACACUCAGUUCAAACGUAAUCCAGUCGGUGAAAUCCAUCUAAAGGUGUCAUCGAUUCGCGAGAGCAGAUCAGAUGAUAAGAGAUUCUCGAUAUUCACUGGCACGAAGAAGCUCCAUUUGAGAGCGGAGACACGGGAGGAUCGCUUGGCGUGGAUGGAGGCAUUGCAGGCAGUGAAGGACAUGUUCCCUCGCAUGUCCAACAGCGAACUAAUGGCUCCGAUAGAUAACCUGGCUGUCUCAACGGAGAAGCUGAGACAGCGGCUUCAGGAAGAGGGCGUGAGGGAGGAGGCAAUCCAGGAUAGCGAGCAGAUUAUGAAGAAUGAAUUUGCAUCAUUGCAGAACCAGAUUGUGCUGCUCAAGCAGAAGCAGCGGCUCCUCAUCGACACCCUCCGCCAGUUAGAGACAGAAAAGGUUGACCUGGAAAAUACAGUGGUUGAUGAGAGUCAAAGGCAGUUCAAUAAUCAAGUGGCUUCUCCUGUCCUGAGACAAGACAAGUCCAGUGAAGUAAGUGCAACAGAAUCUGAUGAUGAGAAUGAAAGAGUUGAUGCUGCAGAGGAAGAAACUGAUGAUUACGAUAAUACCUUCUUUGAUACUCGUGACUUUCUAUCUUCAGCUUCCUUCAAGAGUAGUGGAUCUGAUUUUAGGACAUCAUCUUUCUCUUCUGAUGAGGAAGGGCUUUGUGCACCUGAAUUGGAAGAUGAUAUUGAUCCUUCCAUGAGAUCUGUCGGGAAAGAUUAUCCUUAUGUUAAGCGGCGAAAAAAGUUACCUGACCCAGUUGAAAAAGAAAAAGGUGUUAGCCUUUGGUCAAUGAUCAAGGAUAACAUUGGGAAGGACCUCACAAAAGUUUGUCUUCCAGUUUACUUUAAUGAACCGAUAUCUUCUCUGCAAAAAUGUUUUGAAGAUCUGGAAUACUCGUACCUCCUUGACCGGGCAUAUGAAUGGGGAAGAAGGGGUAAUAGCCUUAUGAGGAUUCUUAAUGUUGCUGCUUUUGCUGUAUCUGGAUAUGCUUCAACUGAGGGAAGAAUUUGCAAACCUUUUAAUCCAUUAUUAGGGGAAACAUAUGAGGCUGACUAUCCAGAUAAAGGCGUCCGAUUUAUCUCUGAAAAGGUCAGUCAUCACCCCAUGAUUGUUGCAUGUCAUUGUGAGGGUAAAGGAUGGAAGUUUUGGGGAGACAGUAAUCUAAAGAGCAAAUUUUGGGGUCGUUCAAUUCAGCUUGAUCCUGUUGGUGUGUUGACUUUGGAAUUUGAUGAUGGAGAAAUUUUUCAGUGGAGCAAGGUUACGACAUCAAUAUACAAUCUUAUAUUGGGAAAACUAUACUGUGAUCACUAUGGUACAAUGCGAAUAGAGGGAAAUCAUGAAUAUUCAUGCAAACUGAAAUUUAAGGAGCAGUCCAUCAUAGAAAGAAAUCCUCACCAGGUAAAUGGAACAGUUCAAGACAGGAAUGGUAAAAGAGUGGCAACUCUUUUUGGAAAGUGGGAUGAGAGCAUGCAUUAUGUGAAUGAUGACAGCGGUGUGAAGGGGAAAGGAUUUGAAUCUCUAAAAGAUGCCCAUUUACUCUGGAAGCGAAACAAGCCUCCCCAAUUCCCCACCAGAUAUAACUUGACACGCUUUGCCAUGACGUUGAAUGAACUUACUCCAGGACUUAAGGAAAAGUUGCCACCUACAGAUUCAAGGCUUAGGCCAGAUCAAAGGCACUUGGAAAAUGGUGAAUUUGAGAUGGCUAAUUCAGAGAAAUUGCGACUUGAGCAGCGCCAACGUCAGGCCCGGAAAAUGCAAGAGAAGGGUUGGAAACCGCAGUGGUUUGCGAAGGAUAAAGGAAGUGAUUCAUAUCGUUAUAUUGGUGGAUACUGGGAUGCCAGGCAAAAGGGAAAUUGGGAGUCAUGUCCUGAUAUAUUUGACCAAGUCCCAAGUGAUCAGCUGCUUGAUUAAAGUUCAAUUGCCAUCAAUUCUUUUUUCAAUUUUUUCGGGGAUAGAUAGCAGUUGAGGUGCCCCAUAAAAUCCCUGCAAGUAAAUUAAAAUAUCUAAUAAAAAAAUAUAUUCUUUUUUUCUCUCAA